UCAGAUCAGAUCACACAUCAUAUCCACUUUCUUCUUUCUCUUCUUCUUCUUUCUCGGUUCUUCCAUUACUACACGCAGAGAUCAAGCUUUCCCAGAACCAUCAACACUCUCAUUUCAGCUCCAACCAAGACGGGUCAAGUAAUCCGCAACCCGAAAUGGGUCACCAGAGCCCGACUCCUCCGGUGCCACGUAAACACCACUCACCGGAUUCGAGUUCAUCGGACGGUGGAGCCGCCGCAAUCACCAGAGCGAAGAAGAGCCGCUACCCAGUAGACGACGACGACGACGACGGCGGUGAUUGGGUCGAGUGCUCCGGCAAGUACUGCCGGUCAUGCAGCGCCGGCAUGAUCGCCGAUUGCGUGGCGCUGUGCUGCUGCCCCUGCGCUCUGGUCAACCUGUUGACUCUGGCCUUCGUGAAAGUGCCGUGGAUGGUUGGGAGGAAGUGCUUGGGGUUAGGCAAGAACAAGAAGAAGAAGAAGGAAAACCAGAGCCAGGGGCAGAAUCGGAAAUCCAAAAAAAAGUGCAGGAGCAAGAAGAAGCAGGUUAGUAGUAGUCAUCGGCAUCAACGUUGCGCGGCGGAGGAGGAAUUGCCGGCGCAGAUAUCGUGCUACGUGUACGGUGUUGAUGAUCAGGAGGAGGAGGAGGAAGGGGAAGAAGAGGAGGAUUGUGUGAGUAGUGCAGAGAGGGUAUGGUUGGAAUUGUACCAGGUGGGACAUUUGGGUUUUGGGAGGGUUUCGUUUAGUGGUGGUGGAGUUCAGUCUGUGCAGGGGAAGGUUGCCAUGAAUUGAUGGAUACAACUUUGUGCACCAGUUUGCUUAGUGAGAUUUAUAAUGUGUGUACCCAAUUUGUAGUUUCCAUGUUCUUGCAGUUAAAAAUAUGGAUUUGUACAGUAUAUUGGUGUUCCAGAGAGAUAUUAUUAAUCUGGCAGUGGCAGAAGAACGCAGGAUGCUGCCAAGCAAGAGGGAUGCAAAGUUUUUUCUCAUGAAUUGCUUUUGUUGUCGACAUGAAUUUGGGUUGGGCCUGUCGAUGAAUCGUGUUGUGUCGGGUUUCAUUUGAUGUUGUUGUUGAGGUAUUAAACAUGUCAUGAUGGAAUUUGAAUCGGUACAAAUUUAACGGGUUGUUUUGCUGCG